AUGGUGCUGUCAGGGCUGGGGUGGCACAGACUGAGGACCCGGGGAGUCAGGGGAGUCAGGACCAGGAGAGUCAGGACCCAGGGGAGUCAGUACCCGGAGAGUCAGGAACAGGAGAGUCAGGACCCAGGGGAGUCAGGACCUGGAGAGUCAGGACCUGGAGAGUCAGGACCAGGAGAGUCAGGACCUGGAGAGUCAGGACCAGGAGAGUCAGGACCAGGGGAGUCAGGACGAGGAGUCAGGACCAGGGGAGUCAUGACCAGGGGAGUCAUGACCAGGGGAGUCAUGACCAGGGGGUCAGAACCAGGGGAGUCAGGACCAGGGGAGUCAGGACCUGGAGAGUCAGGACCAGGAGAGUCAGGACCUGGAGAGUCAGGACCAGGAGAGUCAGGACCAGGGGAGUCAGGACCAGGAGAGUUAGGACCAGGAGAGUCAGGACCUGGAGAGUCAGGACCAGGAGAUUCAGGAUCAGGGGAGUCAGGACCAGGGGAGUCAGGACCAGGAGAGUCAGGGGAGUCAGGACCAGGAGAGUUAGGACCAGGGGAGUCAGGACCUGGAGAGUCAGGACCAGGAGAGUCAGGACCAGGGGAGUCAGGACCAGGAGAGUCAGGGGAGUCAGGACGAGGAGAGUUAGGACCAGGGGAGUCAGGACCUGAGGAGUCAGGGGAGUCAGGACCAGGAGAGUCAGGACCAGGGGAGUCAGGGGAGUCGGGACCAGGAGAGUCAGGACCUGGGGAGUCAGGAACUGGAGAGUCAGGGGAGUCAGGACCAGGAGAGUCAGGACCAGGAGAGUCAGGACCAGGGGGUCAGCACCAGGGGAGUCAGGAACAGGGGAGUCAGGGGUCAGUACCCGGAGAGUCAGGACCAGGGGAGUCAGGACCUGGAGAGUCAGGACCAGGGGAGUCAGGACGAGGAGAGUCAGGACCAGGGGAGUCAGGGGAGUCGGGAUCAGGAGAGUCAGGACCAGGGGAGUCAGGAACUGGAGAGUCAGGGGAGUCAGGACCAGGAGAGUCAGGACCAGGAGAUUCAGGACCAGGGGAGUCAGGACCAGGAGAGUUAGGACCAGGGGAGUCAGGGGAGUCAGGACCAGGAAAGUUAGGACCAGGGGAGUCAGGACCAGGAGAUUCAGGACCAGGGGAGUCAGGACCAGGGGAGUCAGGACCAGGAGAGUCAGGACCAGGAGAGUUAGGACCAGGGGAGUCAGGACCUGGAGAGUCAGGGGAGUCAGGACCAGGAGAGUCAGGACCAGGAGAGUCAGGACCAGGGGAGUCAGGACCAGGGGAGUCAGGACCAGGAGAGUUAGGACCAGGGGAGUCAGGGGAGUCAGGACCAGGAGAGUUAGGACCAGGGGAGUCAGGACCAGGAGAGUCAGGACCAGGAGAGUUAGGACCAGGGGAGUCAGGGGAGUCAGGACCAGGAGAGUUAGGACCAGGGGAGUCAGGACCAGGGGAGUCAGGACCAGGGGAGUCAGGACCAGGAGAGUCAGGACCUGGAGAGUCAGGACCAGGGGAGUCAGGACCAGGGGAGUCAGGACCAGGAGAGUUAGGACCAGGGGAGUCAGGGGAGUCAGGACCAGGAGAGUUAGGACCAGGGGAGUCAGGACCAGGGGAGUCAGGACCAGGGGAGUCAGGACCAGGAGAGUCAGGACCAGGAGAGUCAGGACCAGGAGAGUCAGGACCUGGAGAGUCAGGACCAGGGGAGUCAGGACCAGGAGAGUCAGGACCCGGAGAAUCCCACUCUGCUAUUUUUUUUAUUCAACCUUGGAAAAUCUUUAAAACUUUUAGAUAG